GACCACGUUGGAUCUCGCGGCGUUGAGUGCCUACGGGGGCGUUUCGGGACCCAGCGUCGCGGUGGCGGGCACCGGGGUCCUUGCGCUGCCCGGCCUGAUACCCGACAAGGGUUUAUCAUCGCCCGGAGGCCAGUCAAAGUCACAGUCCGCAGGGCUGGCGGGUCUCAAUAGCGAGGCGGUGCGCCGGUGGGUCGCGGAGGCCGCGCGGUCCGUCCGGCAGGUUCCUCCACUGAUAGUGCCCGCGAGCUCUCCGCAGCAACAUCAGCAACAACAGCAUCAUCAGCAACAGCAUCGUCAGCAGCAGCAGCAGCAGCAUCAUAAUCAUUCCUCCCACAGACAGCGUCAGGCGUCCAGCCCACCGUCGGUGGGACUCUCCCCCUUUAUUUUGCCAGUAUCGAUGACGCCGAGUCUCAGUAUGCGUCUGGUGGAGAACAACAACUUGGCCGAAGUUGCUAUGGUCCAACAACAACAGCAGCAACAACAGCAGCAGCAACAGCAGCAGUCGCAACAUUUAUUACAGAAGCAGAAGCAAACGAGUCCGACGAACAACAACACCAUCAUGGGCUGGAGGCCGAUUCAGAGCGUACAGUGGUUUAAUCUGUCUAGUAGCGUUCACCAGGAGCAGCAACAGCAACAGCAGGAACAGCCACAGCAGCAGCCGCAGCAGCAACAAGCAUCGUCGAUCGCGCAGGUGCCUCAACCACAGAGCCUGGUCGCCGGAUCGAUAUGCGGCCAGGUGCAAAGGCAUCAGCCGCAAGUGCAAUCGGAGAUCGAUCAGCCACUCGAUUUCUCCGUUGGCUCGCUGCAACAGCAGAGGUUGCAAGCGCGUGGAAGGACUAUACAUGAAAGAUUUCCGGAUAGAACGCAUGAUAACAACAACGGCACGACGAGCGGCCAAAAGAUCACCCGGGGAGAUGUUAGCAGACGAAGCUACAGCCCCAGUGAAGCCAGUACCAGCAACAGCGAAGACGAGGGUGUCUCCACCAGCGGCAGUCCUUCGGGGCCUCUACGCGGCACUUCGGACCCGUGCGAACACGUAGCGGAGCGACCUUACGAUAAGGUCUGGAUGGGCGACAAUGAGGUCGCGUGGCGAGACCAGUCUUUCAAGAGGACAUCACCCUUAAAUCCCUGUACCACAACGACUACUACGACGACGACAGGUGGUGGGCCGCUGACACAUCCCCACCUGUCGCCACCCGUAGCUGCCCCUGUUACCACCCUCGAUCACAAUAGCAUGCACGCAAAGCUUCCAGCCGAUCCCGACGACUCUCUAAUCGAUAGAGUACCAGCCACGCCGGAAUCCAUACGAGGUUACAAUUUUUCGGGGGCGGCUGAUCAAUUACAUCAUGACCGAAGAAAAAGAAAAGAAAGCUCAGGAAGCUCAGGAAGCGAGGAAAGAGGACCCAAACGACUGAAACGACAAGAUUCAGAUGAAGACUUACACGUUGACAGCGACGUUGAUGGCGUCGAUCUUAGCGGUGAUGAUAGGAGUACGGCGAGUGACAUACAGGAUAUUACGGACACACGACUUGGUAUUGAAUGCUUGGAUACUGAUAGGGAAGCUCUUAACCUGGUUACAGAUAUAGCAAUUCGAAACAGCAGCGGCACUAGCGGCAGUGCAUCGUCGCCGAGUUCCGGGGUUAGCAGUCAACUCACCGGCAGCCAGCAGCAACAGCAGCAGCAACAUGCAUCUAGCCAGCAGAACAAUAAUAGCUCGCAGGCAAGUCUGGCUGCUCAGCUGGUCAGUCAGCAACUGUUGAUGCAGAAUGCUCUCGGGGCACUGGCGCCCCAGGAAAUCCAAGCGCUCGCGUCCACGUUACAGCAACAGCAGCAAUCGCUGCAGCAACAGCUGCACCAAUACGCAAUGUUUCAGCAAGCCAACUCGACGUCGACGACGUCGCAACUUACGCCCCACGCACAAUUCUUUCUGCAGAAUCACGUACAUCAAGCAGUAGCACAGGCAGCUCAGCAGUUACAGGUCUUGCAGAAGCAAGCUCUUCAUAGCAAUAACCCCUUAGUAGGGCGAAGUUUGACACAGCAAAGAUCGCAAUCUUCACCAACACCUGAUAUGUCACCGGUAGUAAAAGCACCACAGCCGAAGCUGGAACCUUCGCCAGAAGAAACAACGGAUCUCGAAGAACUUGAACAGUUUGCCAAGACGUUUAAACAAAGACGAAUCAAGCUCGGUUUCACUCAAGGAGACGUGGGACUCGCCAUGGGCAAGCUCUAUGGUAACGAUUUCUCCCAAACUACGAUUUCCAGGUUCGAGGCAUUGAACCUCUCUUUCAAAAACAUGUGCAAGUUAAAACCACUGCUACAAAAGUGGCUAGAAGAUGCUGACAAUUCUUUGAACAAUCCGAACUCUCUCACGAAUCCACUUACCACACCAGAAGCGAUUGGUAGACGACGAAAGAAGAGGACGUCGAUAGAAACGACUGUGAGAGUAGCUUUGGAAAAGGCUUUUCUCCAAAAUCCAAAGCCCACAUCCGAAGAAAUAACGAUAUUGGCAGAAAGCCUCGGAAUGGAGAAAGAAGUGGUUCGUGUAUGGUUCUGUAAUAGGAGGCAAAAAGAAAAGAGGAUUAAUCCGCCAACGGCGGCAAUGGGCAGUCCAACGAUGGCAUCCCCGGCGCCCUCGAUGUUUGCUUCCCUUGCAAGUUCCAUAUCCAGUAGCCCUCUAGCUCUUACGACGCAUUCUUCCGGUAUGGGACACUCGCUCAAUUCUCAUUCGACGCCUUUGAGCUCACCUUUGCCUUUGGCGUUGGUGGCCUCGGCAGGCAGCAAUUAUCAUCCGCUGAGCGGCAAGAGCCACGAGUGACAUCAGCAAGCAAUCCAUCAAACUGCAGCUCUUUAUCACCCUCAACAUCAGCAGCAGCAGCAGCAACAACAAUCCCAACGGCAGCAGCAUCAUCAGCACCAACGACGCUUGUGUAAUCUACCGGAAUUCUAUCAAUAGCUAGUAACGUAAUUAAAAAUGAUCCUCGCAAUCAAUUUGAAGAUAUUUUACAAUAACCAAUGAGAUAUAUAAUCGAGAAUUAAGCAAAAUAAUUCUUUUUUUGUUUUGGAUAAAUGUGAUCUGUUUUGAGUAUAUUUUUUGUUUAUUGUCUGCAAGUAACAAGUGCAAAAUGAAGAAAAAACAAGCAGGUAUAUAUACAAAAUAUAUGUGAGAACAAAACACUUAAUUAAAUAGUUACGAAAACAUUUAAUACAUCGUGUAAGUGCAGGUUGCACCGUAACGAACAACUGAUCAACAGAGAUGAUGAGAAUUUAAAAUAUUCGGGAAUGAGUUGUUUGGACCUUGUUUUUGAAGGAAAUCAAUGUCGACUUACUCUGGACUCGUGUAGUAUAUUAUUAUUCAUUACGGUGUAUUCUGUUUAUAUGUAGACGUGUUGAUGCACGUACAUCGUACAUAUCCAUAUAAAAGAGCUGUAUAUAUGUAAGUUUAGAUACGAAUUUAUUGACUGAUAUUGGGAAUGCAAGAUGUGAUGUCCACGCGCAGUGCCGGAUACCGAAUAGCAUUAUAUCCCGAAUAGAUUUGAUAUAAGAAACAUUAUAAUAUAUUUAUGCCAAAGUGUAUUAUUGUAUAUAUAUAUAUAUAUAUAUAA